GACAUAUAUACGGAAAGGGCGGUCGACAUAAUCCGGGAAAGGGCUAACUCCUCGUCGAAACCCCUGUUCCUGUAUUUAUCGCACCAAUCGGUUCACUCCGCUAGUCGUCGUCAACCACUUCAAGUCCCUCAAGAUCUGAUUAAUAGGCACCGGGAUGUCCAGGAUCUCGAUAGGCGCACGUUUGUGGGUAUGGUAUCAGCUCUGGACGAUUCCGUGGGCGAAGUCAUGGCAGCCCUUAAAAUGGCAGAUAUUUUGAAUAAUACAAUCGUUGUGUUUACCACUGAUAAUGGAGGGUCGACAAGGGGUACUGCACCAGGGUCCAGUAUUGAUUAUAGCGUUGGAUCUAACUGGCCCUUAAGAGGUUGGGGAGACGUCAGCUUUCACGGCUCACAACAAGCCCAAACGCCUAAUAUUGAUCUAUUAGCCAGCACCGGGAUCAUUUUGAACAAUUACUACACAUCACCGCUAUGUUCGCCCUCUAGGAGUGCCAUCUUAACCGGCUACCAUCCCAUACACACUGGCACUAAACACGAUGGUUUCCAGGGUGCCCAACCAUUCGGGACACCACUACAAUACAAACUAUUACCACAAUAUCUUAAAGAGUUAGGCUAUGAGACGCACGCUGUGGGCAAAUGGCAUCAGGGCUUUCAUCGCCGGGAAUACCUCCCGACCCGCCGCGGGUUUGACUCGCACUUCGGGGACUGGACGGGUCAGUCAGACUACUACGACCGGACUUCGGCUGAAAACUGGUGGGCAAUGGACUUCCGUAACGGAGAACUCCCCGCAAACACUACUGAAUAUGAGGGCCGGUAUGCGACCGACAUAUAUACGGAAAGGGCGGUCGACAUAAUCCGGGAAAGGGCUAACUCCUCGUCGAAACCC